GCGCCGACUGAUUACGUAGCGGGCGGGGCCGGAAGUGCCGCUCCCUAGUGGGGGCUGUUCAUGGCGGUUCCGGGGUCUCCAACAUUUUUCCCAGUUGUGGUCCUAAAUCCUUCGGAAGCGGAGGCAGCGGAGCUUGAGGUUCUUGCUGGUGUGAAAUGACUGAGUACAAACUGGUGGUGGUUGGAGCAGGUGGUGUCGGGAAAAGCGCAUUGACAAUCCAGCUAAUCCAGAACCACUUUGUAGAUGAGUAUGAUCCCACCAUAGAGGAUUCUUACCGAAAGCAGGUGGUUAUAGACGGUGAAACCUGUCUGUUGGACAUACUGGAUACAGCUGGUCAAGAGGAGUACAGUGCCAUGAGAGACCAAUACAUGAGGACAGGCGAAGGCUUCCUCUGUGUAUUUGCCAUCAAUAAUAGCAAAUCAUUUGCAGAUAUUAACCUCUACAGGGAACAGAUUAAGCGAGUAAAAGAUUCAGAUGAUGUACCUAUGGUACUAGUAGGAAAUAAGUGUGAUUUGCCAACAAGGACAGUGGACACAAAACAAGCCCACGAACUGGCCAAGAGUUAUGGGAUUCCAUUCAUUGAAACCUCAGCCAAGACCAGACAGGGUGUCGAAGAUGCCUUUUACACACUGGUAAGAGAAAUACGUCAGUACCGAAUGAAGAAACUCAACAGCAAUGAUGAUGGAACUCAAGGUUGUAUGGGGUUACCGUGUGUGGUGAUGUAACAAGAUACUUUUAAAGUUCUAGCAUCAGAAAAGAGCCACUGUCAAGCUGCACUGACACCCUGGUCCUGACUUCCCUGGAGGAGAAGUAUUCCUGUUGCUAUCUUCAGUCUCACAAAGAAGCUCCUGCUACUUCCCCAACUCUCAGUAGAUCAGUACAAUAUUCUCUAUUUGAGAAGUUCUCUGAAUAACUACCUCCUCACUUGGUUGUCUGACCAGAGAAAUGAACCUCUUGUUACUCCCCACUGUUUUUCCACCCUGGGUUCUCCCCCAACACACACAAACAAACCUCUGCCAUCCCAGGUUUUUCAUCUGAAAAGUAAUUCAUGCUCUGAAACAGAGAACCAAACUUGUAGACAUGAAAUUCUGUAGGAAACAAUGUCUUGAGCUCUAAAGUAGCAACUGCUGGUGACUUUUUUUUUUUCCUUUUUAUUGUUGAACUUGGAACUAUGAUGGUUUUUGGAGAAAUGUCAUAAAUUACUGUUUUGCUGAGAAUAUAGUUAAGUUGCCAUUUGGUUUGUUUAUAGUAUCAUUGGCUAUAUUCUAUAAAUUGGCAUCUCCUCUGCAUUCAUAAAUUACACAAGUGAAUACUGACUUUUGAGUCUAUCCUAGUGUUCUUGACUUUCACAUAAUUAAAUCUAA